CUGUGGUGAGGGUCGACCUUCCGCCGUAAAGCGUAUGGGCCAUGGCCACCUCGGCGUCUUCGUCUGCGUCCUCGGCGGCCGGCGGUGGGGGAGUUGGAGUUGGAGUUGGAGUUGGCGGCUUCGGCGUGUCCGAGCUGUCGCCGCCGCGGAAGGUUCUCUUCACCUCGCCCAAGGGAGCGGGCGAGCUGCUGGAGGAUGCCACAGAGAGGUUCCUGUGUGAAGCGGUUUUCAGUUAUCAGGUGGCUCACACAUUACGGCAGGUCAAACGAGAGCAACAGUGCUCACGGAUGGAGAAGCUGGCCAGUUUGGUUGAAGAAUUGGAGGCAGAUGAAUGGCGCUACAAACCGAUUGAACAGUUGCUGGGAUUUACACCUUCCUCUGGAUGAGAUGAAACAUUGAGUUGCAAUGAAAGCUUUAUGCUUCUCAGCAAGUUAAAACUAUGGGACAAAUAGACAAAAAUUAACCCUGUAAAAAAUGUACACAAGCGUUUUUAAUGUUGUUUUUAUUAGACAUACUGUACAUGGAAUUCUGUGCUCGAGAUUUAUUUGAAAUGGUCUUUUUCAUGUCACAUGGUACAGUAAGUUAAUACAUUCUGGUUUUACUUUUACAGAUUAAUUUCCUGAGCUAAAUAGUAAAUUCUGAUGUCUGUUUUUAAACUCAACACGAGAUACUGUAGUGAAGAUAGUGCGGCACUGUGGCGUUGCAGUAGAGCUAUUGCCUUGCAGCGCUGGAGACCCGGGAUCGAUCCUGACGACGGGUGCUGUCUGUACGGAGUUUGUACAUUUCGCCUGUGCCCUGCAUGGGUUUUCUCCGAGAUCUUCGGUUUCCUCCCUCACUCCAAAGACGUAUAGGUUUGUAGAUAAAAUGGCUUGAUGUAAAUGUAAAUUGCCCCUAGUAUGUGCAGAUUAGUGUUAAUGUGUGGGGAUUGCUGGUCGGUACGGACUGAGUGGGCCGAAAGGCCUGUUUCCGCGCUGUACCUCUAAACUAAACUAAAGCACACAGUCUGGGUUUGCAUCCUGGUAGGUUACAAAGGAAACCCAGCUUUUAAAUAAGGCAGUUUAGACUCUGAACUCUCCCAGUAACUACAGACCAGUCACUGCAACCUACAGAUGCUGCAGUCUUGAGCAUAUCACAAAGUGCCGCGCUAACUCAGAGGAUCAGGCAGCAUCUGUGGAGGGAAUAGAUAGGCGGCGUUUUGGAUUGAGACCCUUUCGAGUGUUGGACAGGCUCAAGGGACUGAAUGUUAUAGAUGUGGGCAAAUUAAUGCAGAGACGAGGGCAAUUGUCACGGUACAGAUUUAUUUCUAUAGAAGAGCAAAAUAAGUUACAACUGAUUUCAGCCCCCGCAUAAAGUACAAUGUAUAUACAACUAUAAAUAAUUUCCAAAUCAUUAAUUUAACACAUUUGUUGAUUUGUUCCAUUAGAAGUGACUAGUGCACAUGUACAAACUUGGUUCAUGCGUAGUCAUAUCUCUUCUCUUGGUUGACUCAGUCUCUGACCAAAUCCACUGUAUUGUAGUUUACACAGCAGGGUGCUGUCCAAGAGAUCUCGGGGCCUCUUGAUCCAGUUCAUGUGAAACAGUUCAGUAUUUGGGAGCUCCUAAGGCUGUGAGUAUUUUCAGCAGUGUUGCUGGCUAAUCAAAAUCCAGUGUUAAGACAAAUUUCAAAAGUUUUUUUUUUAGUAAUCGUCUCUAUCGCUAAAUUAAGUGAAAAGACAAAAAAGGAACAGAUAAUUUGAAAACAGCACAGCAUUCAUUCCACAAAUCCAGAUUACUUAUAUCGUCCAAACUUUCUAAACAAACUGUUAUUUCAAUUCAAUCCUUUAAAUAUCUUUGAAGAUGCCUUUUCCUUAUUCUAUCAGUCCUUCUAUAAUCAAGAUAAGCAGAAUACGUGUUACAAUAAUUUGAUCCAAACAUUAAAUUGCAGACAAAGAAAGUGAAACUGAAACCGUUUGUUUUCAGCAAUAUGAAUGUUUUCAAAUAGAGAUUGCAUAAUCUUCAGUUGGAGCUUUGAAGAUCUGGAAGUUUCAACCCAUGACAAUGUGCCUGAAUGCUAGGAUUUACCUGCACUGCUCUGCAGGGUGGGCAAGGGAACUCUGUUUCAUGCACACAAACCAACUGGUAAUUCAGUAAUUGAAGCAACAAACUGCAGACACUGAAAAUACAAAACAUUGAAAUUACUGGCAGCACUCAGCAGGUCAAGCAGCAGCAAGGAACAAAAUGAAAUGUUUCCCCAUGGAUGCUGCCUUACCCACUGAAUACUUUCAGUAUUUUCCUUUUUUUGUUUUGGGUAAUCUCAGGAGCUUGUUUUUGAGUCUUUGCAAUGUAUUACUGUGUUUCUCAUAGCAGAUACCUUAGCAGAUGUAGUAAAUGAAUAAUGGUGCAUAUUGUACAUACCUGGUCUCUGGUUAUUAUUGUGGUAAACUCCAUCCUAUGCAUGUAGGGAUGCCUGAACUUCUGAUAGUCUGGUACAGCUUGGUGUGCUCAUUUUCUGGGCUUUCUGGUAAAGAUCGACGUCUCCAAAAUAUCGGGCACGGUACAACAAUCCCUCUUCUAUAGAAAAAAUAAGUUUUCUUAGUCCAUUCAUGUUUCCUAAAAUCCAUUGUAAUUUUUUAUAAGAAAUUAGGAAGAACUCGAAAUGUACUUCCAUUCAUUUAAUGAGAUCACAUAUUAAAGUGCUGAAAUUA